AUCACGUCAAGCUUUUGGCCCUUCCUCUCGACAACAAACACAAAAGGAGGUUCCUAUAAGAGGAAGUACUUUGCAUCGGUUUGCAUUCCAAGACAUGGACGAGAAUAGAAAGAGAGAUUGGAAUCGGCAUCUGGUCCUUGUUCCCUGUCCUCUCCAAGGGCACUUGAACCCAAUGCUCAGUCUAGCCAGCGUUUUCCACUCCAAGGGUUUCGGGGUAACCCUAGUUCUCGUGCAAACGUCCUCUCAUCCUGCCGCCACUUCUUGGGCAUCCGACGACUUCUUCUAUGAAUCGCUGGGUGGAUCUGAUGGCAGUAUCUCGAAUGCUCCCGACGUGGAUCUCAUGCGCUUUCUGAACGAGGUUAACUUGAAGUGUAAAUCGUCGUUUCGAGAUUGCUUAAUGGGAUUGCGAAUGGGUCGACUGAGAGAUCGUAAACUAUGUGUUGUGUAUGAUGCUAUCAUGUAUUUUUCAGCAGAAGUUAGCGACGAAUUGGAGAUCCCAAGGGUGGUCCUGAGGACUAGCAUUGUAGCUAAUUUUCUUGGCCUUUCAAUGCUCAAUCAGAAGGCCUACCUUCCAGCUCAAGAAGAUGGAGCGGUGAAGGCCAUCCAAGAGCUGAUCCCGUCGAUGAGAGCGAGGGACAUGCCUGUGUUCGACAGGUCCUGCCCAGAAGCCACGGAGCGAGUCCUCGCCCAGAUCCAUGAAUCCACAAGCACAGCCUCAGCAAUCGUAUGGAACACGCUGCAGACUCUGGAGCAGGCCCUCCUCCACCGCCUCCAGUCCUCUCUCUCCCCUCCCAUCUUCCCCAUCGGCCCUCUCCACAAGUACCGAACCCGGGAUCCUCGUCGUCGUCACCAUCGCUCUCUCUUCGCCGCCGAGACCGGUGCUCGUCGCGAGGAAGAUCGCAUCAAGUGCGUGUCCUUCCUGGACUCCCACCCCCCGGGCUCUGUCGUCUACGUGAGCACCGGGAGCCUCGUCAGGCUGAGCCGGUCCGAGCUGGCCGAGAUGGCCCGGGGCCUCGCCGACUGCGGCCAGCCCUUCCUGUGGGCGGUGGAGCUGAGCUCGGCGCACGAUGGUGACAUCGCACAGCUCAUCCCAAGAGGGGAAGAGCUGCUGUGCGCUGCUGCAGACUGUCAUCCUAAUGCCCCUUCGAUGCGGGGGCUCGUGGUUGCGUGGGCGCCGCAGGAGGAAGUGUUGGCACACGGGUCGGUCGGGUGCUUUUGGACGCACAACGGGUGGAACUCGACCCUAGAGAGCAUGACCGAGGGGGUGCCGAUGCUGUGUUGGCCUAGGGUUGGGGACCAGAAGAUCAUCGCCGGGUUCGUGACCCGGGUCUGGAGGGUGGGCUUGGAGCUGGAGUGCGAUGGCAAUGGAGGGUUAGAGAGAGGGAGGAUCUCGAGGUCCAUUAAGCGGUUGAUGGCGGGCGAGGAAGGGAGGGAGAUCAGGAAGAGGGCGUUGGAGAUGGAGGAGACGGUGGAGCUCGCUUUGAGCGAUGGCGGUUGCUCUUCUCAGUCCCUGAGCAAGCUGGUGGAUUUCAUCCAGCUGCUCUAAAUGACAUCAUUUUGUCCAUCAAUAAGCGCUUUCGCUAGGCAAAUGUGCCCUCAAUUCCGAGAUGAAGAAGUCGAAAUUUUGGUCGACGACCGUGUGUGGUUAUGUAGCCGAGGAGCUUAUUUACCAUCAUCGUUAAGAAAAAUAGAUUGUGAAUUUACAUAUGAUCAUUAUUCUAUGUCUAUCGUUGUAUCUAAACAGACGAUGUAGAUGG